UGGGGAUCCGCCAUUCAGUAGCGGACAGGAGAGUCCUGGUCUGAUGUCCCCACCGCUGCGCGUUGAAGGCCCAGCGGUGAAGGUGCUGCGCCUUGAAGGCGCAGCGGUGCAUGAAGGCGACAGCAAGCUGUAUCAGUCACGGCGGCACCGUCUGGGCGUUUCUACUGCUCAAGAGCUUCUAAAGAAUAAAUUUGCUGAUAAGAUGAAGUCAGGCAGUAGCAAAGAGGGGAGGUUGUCCAGGUCGGGGCAGUCCAGCCGUAUGGACUUGGAGUCGUCAUUUCCCCAUGAAAGAAUUCGUAGCAGGUAUGAGCUUCUAAAGAAUAAAUUUGCUGAUCUGACGACGUCAGGCAGUAGCGGAGAGGGGAGCUUGUCCAGGUCGGGGACGUCCAGCCCUAUGGACUUGGGGUCGUCAUUUCCCCAUGAAAGAAGUCGUAGCAGGCAUGAUGCCAGUGCUGAGAUUGAUGAAGCUGAUGAAGAGGAGAUGCACUUCAAGACACAUUGUGAAAAAUGUAAAGCAGCUCAGCAGAGUCCUGAGUAUGAGAAGGUUACCCCAACGAAGAUUUCUAAGUGGAGCUUUGAGGUACAGCUGGAAGGCGAGGGGACCUAUGAGUGUUCGGCUACAGGUCUGGUGUUUGAAGUGUCGGAGCAGGCUCUGGUCCGCUACUCGGUCCUGUCCUGGUUCCAAUUCUCUGAGUUCCUCCAAGACUCCUGGAGGCCUGCUGGAUCGAUUUAUGAUGUGGAUGUGGAGGAUCCAUCUGUGCUCAAGUUUAUCCAUUUCCCACACUCUCUGUGCCUUGCUGAACCAGAGCAUGAGCUGAGCUUCAGUGUUCUGCAUGUAAAGGAACGCCAUGCCUUUGAGUCGACGGUGGACUUCACGGCGAGCCAUGUUAAAUGGCGCGCAACCUCGCUUUCUCCUGUGGGCCCCAUCAUUCCGAGGCGUCAGCAUGUGAAGCACCACGCUUUGGUGCUGAUUUACAAGGAGCUGAACAAAUACCAGGAGAAGAUAUUCACCUUUCACGUGUAUUUGGUCUCGAACAACGACUCUGAGAUCAAGGCUAUUGAAGAACAGGUGUUGAAAUCCACGAAGAAAUGGAUCAAGAUUGACAAACCGGACGCCUGUACGCUGAAAGAGAAGGUCUACCACCUCACAAGCAAGCCAGAAGGGACAAUUGAACCUUGGAAACUAGGAUUCACCACAGAAGUGUUACCGCGCAAGCACUUUUCUGAAGCAUACUUCGGUGAGCGUCCUCCUUUCAGAUUGUUUCUCAUGGACUCUGUGAAAAAAAGUAGAAGAAACUGUGAAGAACCUUUGUGGUCUGCUACAAUCAGAGAAGGUGAUGUGAACUGCGAGGAAUUUAUUCCGACGAAGAUCGAGGUGGCCAACAUCGGACAGAAAGUCUUGGAUCCUCUGCCAAUGUCCCCAGCUGCUGGAGAAGGGACAUCUGAUUUCCAAUCUUCACCUCACCUCACUCUGGCGCAUCCGGCAGAACAAGCAACAUCCAGCAACACAUCCAGCCCUCCAGCUACUUCCAGUGAAGCAAAAACGGCAGAAGGGGAGCUUCGAAGGAUCCGUUCUGAAUUCGUGAAGAGAGUUUCAAUCCCAGUUAUCAAAUGUCUCCUGGAUGACCUUUGGCAGCAGAAGGUGUUCAGUACUGAGGAAAAGGACUCUGUGAUGGAGGAGCAGAGGAGCACAGCAGACCGGGCACGGUGUCUGAUCGAUGAGGUGAUGAAGAAAGGGGAGAGAGCAAGUCAGGCGAUGAUUGAUACUAUGAAGCUUAUGGACAAUCACUUAUGCAUCACCCUGGGUCUGUAGCCUGGCUAUUGGCAGACCAAGUUCAGUCGCACAUUGGCUCUUUUCUCCUACAGCUGGUGUGGGUGAGUUGUAACUAUGAACGUAUUUUUUAAAGAAAUUGUCGCUUUGUUUUGACAAGAGGUAAUUGUUGAACACCUGUUUAGAAUAGGACCUCCUGCCUGUGCACAUACAUACAUACAUACAUACAUACAUACAUACAUACAUACAUACAUACAUACAUACAUACAUACAUACAUACAUACAUACAUACAUUCCUCGAGGAUCAAUCGAGUAGGCCUACUCGUUUAAUCAAAUCUAUUUUUAGAAUGCAACGCAUCUGCAGCAGGAAUAGGCCUAAUGAUGAACGGCAAUAUUACCAACCAAACAUGCUUAUUCUCAAUUCUCAAUUCUCAUUAUAUAUAGGCCUAUUUGCAAAAGUUCAAAACACAUUUUCCUUACAAAAAUAAAUAUGCGUCUCAAUUUAAAUCACAUCGAACAAAGGCCUGUAAUGUUUUUAAAAACAAACAAAAUAAGUAGCCUAACCAUUGCAAAUAAUUAACUAAACUAAAAAAAUACUCAGUGCCGUGAUCUUCUCUCCACGGACGGUAUUACAGCUGCGUCUUGUGGCGGUGAAAAUAGCCGACACUUGGUUGCUGCGGGUCUGCUUUCCUGAGUAUACAGUAUGUUGCCGAAUAGUACUUGUAGUACCCUGGGAGCUCGAUUUUGCUUGGCAUAUUUUACAUUUCACCUUAUGAUCUCCAUUCAUCGCUGCGCUCUAACCGCCAUCUCUUUAACUUUUUGAAUUCUGGCGUUGUGCACACGGCACGCGCCACACAGAAAUUUGAUACAUUUCAUUUGCUUUUGUGCACACAACACGCACCAGUGGCGCCACAAAGAAAAUUGAUACAUUUGCUUCGGAAAUCUUUUGGAUAAUUUGUAAACAUAUUUAAGUAUUUUUUGUAUGGUUGUGAUCACAGACUUUGGCAAACAUGUUGACAUUAUGCCAAAGAAAGAUUUUGUCUUUGCUUAAAUAGACAUUUUUGAUAAUCCAGAAUGACUAGAACAAUCUUUAGACCAAAUAAAUGCUUUUAGGCGGAGUUAACAUCAACUUGUUUUGGCUAUCUCAUUAUUUUUAUUUCCUCUCAUCAGUAAAACAAACACAAUGUACCUCAGCCUUUCAGCUAGAUUCAAUGUUAUAAGUAAAAUGAUCAGACCAAUACAAACAUUCAGUACUAUCAAAAACAUGCUUAUUGUUGAAAUGUAAAAUGCUAAUGUGUAAAGAAAUUGGUGACAGAAUUGAUGUGAGUCGCGACCCAUUCUUUGGGAAAGACUGAUCUAGUGGACAAGGAGAGAUCAAACACCUAACAAUAUGAAGACAAAGACAGACCAUGACACACUUCGGAAAUUCAGCUUGAUUAUUUGGGCUACUUUGAGCAAACGUUGAAACAAUUCAGUUUAGCAGAAGUAAACUGAGGAAGUCUCUGGAUUUGUCUUUCAGGAAUAUCAAAAUACAUUGAACACACACCUGUUAAAUAGUAUAUCACAAUAACAUAAUAUGACCUAAUACUAUGAAUACAUAAUUACUGCUAUUAUAUACAGCCUAUGUUAAGUCAGUUUAACCUGUAUAAUAUACCGUCUAUGUGCGUUAAACCCACACUGGAGCUCCACUGACCACGCAGUUCUUUACCUGCUUUUUUACUGUUGUAGACAGUAGGAUACAGUACUAAUCAGUGAUUUUAACACUUUGGAAACUUUUUGAAACGUGAGAUUUCAUUGCAUGCAUUAAAAUUGGUCUUCUGACAAGCUGUAUAUUGAAAUACAUCAAUUUAUUUUGAGCAUCGACCUCAAACGUUCAGCUGUGGCGCUGAAUGUUGUAAGAACUUUCGCAAUACUGGGUACUCACUAAACCCAGGGCUGUUCUUGAUGUUUUGUGAAUGUUUUUAAUUAUGAAUAUAGUUUUAAUUUUUGAGAUCAUGUUAUAAAAUUCAUAGACAAUUUAAUUUAGAUAGCACACUUCUAACAGGCCCUUCAGAGUGCUUUACAUAGGAAUAGUCUGCAAUAAGGCUGCACUAUGUACGUUUUUAUGCUAUUAUCCCUGGGUCUACACAAAAAAUAGAGCGCAAGGACCUACUGAGCCGCUCUGAUCUCCACCGGCUGCAGCAGAGACUGGAACGAGUCUGUCCGCUACAUAUCCUGCAGUUUAAGGCACAAGGUGAACAAACUCCCCAUUUGAAAGUUUUUAGAACUGCGAAAAUUGAUUUUCCUUAGAGAAACGCAGCUAGUGCAUCCGGUAGUUUUUCUGAUGUAAUAGUUAUUGAGUCUAAUUCUGCAGUAACCUGGAGAGGGCAUGGAUGGGUUUAUCCUAGAUGUUAACGAUUCCACUCGUUGUUUCGAGAGACGACAUGAAUGUGUUUCCAGCAGCGGCUUAAUCUAAUCUAAUAAUCAUAAUCUAUGACUCAGUACAAGAUUUGCCUGCUUAGGUCAUCUACGACACAGACAGUCCCCACAGUCCAUUCCAUUGUCAUUUAUUUAGAGGUCCAGGCUGAUCCGUGUAACGAAACCGAAUGGGAUGUCCCGUUAUCAUGAUGGCUAGGAUGGCUAGCUAGUCAUGGGUCCAAUGCAGACAUCUAAUUGAAUAAGAAUAAUUUGAUACCAAAAACUAUUUUUAUUAUCUUAUUUUUAUCCUGUUAUGUUCUUUACAGAGAAUGAGAAAUAUAUGCACACAGUGUGAUUCAGUGGAGGUCACGAUUCCAUUAGAGGGGUCGGUUUAGCUCAGGGACACCUGAGCAAGACAACCCUAACUGCUCCUGACGAGCUGGCUGUCGCCGUCGGUGUGUCAAUGUGUGUAUUAACCGAUGUAAGUUGCUUUGGAUAAAAGCGUCUGCUAAAUGCCCUAAUUGUAAUUGUAAUUGUAGAACCUUGACCUCCACUGAAACUGUGUCUGCUCCACAACUUCCUCAAGUACGCCUACUUCUUAUGCUUACACAACAUAACAGUCAGACUUUGACCUCCGUGUUUUGUGUUUUAUGACGCAUCAUCUGACGUGCCGUUACGUUCUCAGGAACACAACUCGGCAGUUCCCAUGAGGGGUCAAACGAGUGGCCUCAUCAACAACUCAGACAUCAGCCUUUCCCAUGGAAAACACAAGAAUCUAGAGGGAACAUGCAUUGAUAAAGGACUUGUACAGAAUCGUUCUAAACCUGUUAAGAAGAAGCCGUCAUGCAGUAGCAGACGGGGGAGCUGUCCCGAGGAGAUGCACGUCAAGUCACAACAUGAAAAAUGCGAAGCAGCUCAGCAGAGCCCUGAGUAUGUGAAGGUUACCCCAACGGAGAUUUCAAAGUGGUGCUUCAAGGUACAGCUGGAAGGCGAGGGGACCUAUGAGUGUUCGGCUACAGGUCUGGUGUUUGAAGUGUCGGAGCAGGCUCUGGUCCGCUACUCGGUCCUGUCCUGGUCUGAAUCCUCUGAGUUCCUCCAUGACUCCUGGAG